AUGGCAGCUGAAUUAGUGCUCACUUUCGCUGCUGAGGGGAUUCUGACCAAGGUUUCUUUACUUGCCGCUAACAAAAUUGCUCUUGCACGGGGGUUCCACACCGAACUGGAGAAGCUCAGACAGUCCUUAUCCAACAUUCAAGAUUUCUUAGGCAGCGCUGCGGAUCAGAGACUAGAUGAUCGGGGCAAGGCAGUAGAGACAUGGGUCAAGAAACUUCAACAGGUAGCUGAAGACGCAGAUGAUGUUUUGGACGAGUUCGAGUAUGAACUUCUCCGACAACAAGUGGAGCUGCGAAACCACAUGAAGAGAAAGGUACUCAACUUCCUUUCUGCCUCCAAUCCUCUUUGGUUUCGUUUCAAAAUGGCGCAUAAGAUUAAGAAGAUCAAUGAUUCUCUGGUGGAGCUUAAGAAUGAGGCACCUUUAAUCAACUUGGUUGCAAAAAAAGGAGAUUCAAGGCAACGACCAGAUCGAGUGCAAACUGAUUCAUUUUUUGAGAAGGGUGAAAAAGUUGUUGGAAGGGAAGACGCUGUGACAAAGAUAGUUACGACGUUGAUCAGCUCCGACAUUCAGCAGAAGGAUCUUUCAGUUAUGGCCAUUGUGGGAAUGGCUGGACUGGGGAAGACGACUCUGGCUAAGUCAGUGUACAAUGAAUCUGCCAUAAAAACACACUUCCAUCAAAGAAUAUGGGUGUGUGUGUCUAACACUUUUGAAGUGGAUACGAUUUUAAGUCUGAUGGUAGAAUCUCUAACAAAAAAGGCUGGAAUGAAAAGUCGAGAUGCAUUGCUUCAAGUUCUGAGAGAGGAGAUUACAGGGAAGAGAUAUGUUCUGGUGCUCGAUGAUGUUUGGAAUGAGGAGAGGGAAAAGUGGGAUAGCUUGAUGAGUUGUUUGUCAAAGCUGAAUUCUAAUCCCGGAAGCUGCAUUAUCGUCACCACCCGUAGCGCCUAUGUGUCAACUAUUGCUGAAACACUCCCCAGACCUGAGUUGAGAAAGCUAUCAGAGGAGGAAUGUUGGUCCAUUAUAAAGCAAAGAGCUUUAAAUUUAGACGAAAAUGGUUUCAUUGAUGCAGAACUAGAAAGAAUUGGGAGGGCGAUUGCUGAGAAGUGUGGAGGGGUACCCUUGGUUGCAAAGGUUUUGGGAAGCCUACUGGGCUCAAGAGCUAGUAAAGUUGAAUGGUUGUCAAUUCGAGACAAUAGAUUAUGGGAACUACCUGAAGGGGAGGACAGGAUCAUGAAGGUAUUGAAGUUGAGUUUUGAUAAUCUGGAGCCAUCGCCAUUGAAACAAUGUUUUGCAUAUUGCUCAAUGUUGAGAAAAGAUUUCGAAAUUGAAAGAGAUAAUUUGAUCCAGCUUUGGAUGGCUCAAGGAUUACUCCAGACUUCUUCAACUGUCGAAAAUCAUCAUGAGAUGGAGGAUACUGGCAAAGAAUAUUUUAACAUUCUACUAAACAAUUCCUUAUUCCAAGAGGUAAUUGAAGGAGGCACUAUUACGAAGUACACAAUGCACGAUCUUGUGCAUGAUCUUGCAGAAAAAGUGUCCAAAAGUGAGCGCUUGACACAGGAGUUGAAUGAUGAUGUUCGACAUGUUGCACGUAGUCGACCUCCUUCAACACUAGAAAACAUGUCAAAAGUAACUGUUGGGAGAUUGCGCUCACUAUUUUCAAAUGACCAGGUCCCAGAGAACAUUUUCUCCAAGUUCAAAGCAAUGCGGGUCUUAAGUUUAGAUACAUCAAAUAUAGAAGAGUUGCCAAAUUCAUUUGGCAAGCUGAAGCACUUGAGAUAUCUAGACCUCUCAAAAACAAGAAUCAAAGCACUUCCCAAGGCAAUUGGCAAGCUCUAUAACCUUCAAACAUUGCGAAUGCAGUAUUGUGAUCUGAACAAGCUUCCAAGGGAGAUGCAAAACUUGAUCAACUUGAGGCAUCUUUGUGUUGAUGAGUAUAUAGAAUUUCCGGCUGGAAUGUUCAGGGGACUAACUAAUCUCCGGACAUUGUCUUGCUUUAAUGUGGGCGAGGAGAUGGGUUGUAGAAUUGAGGAAUUGCGUGGCUUGAACCAACUGAAGGGUAUGUUAACCAUUCGUAAUCUGGAAAAUGUAAGGGAUGAAGCGGAAGCGAAGAAGGCAAAAUUAGAAGAGAAGAAAAACGUUGUGGAGUUAAGUUUGGACUUCUCUUGGAGACCACUAACCAGCAACAUUCAUGAUGAGAAUGUACUCGAAGGACUCCAACCACACACCGAGUUGGAAAUCUUAAGGAUUACAUUCUUCAUGGGUGAUAGAUUUCCUUCAUGGAUGAUGAGAGUCCCUUUGCCUCUCAACAAUUUGAAGAAGCUCGUCCUAACUGGGUGCCUCAAAUGUGGAGAACUCUCGAUUGGCCAUCUACCGUUCCUUAGAGAUGUGGAGAUAAAUGGUAUGGAUAACCUAAAACGCUUUGGAAGUGAAAUUUAUGGUUAUGACCUUGUUUACGACGCUACACGAGAGAAGGAGACAAUAGUCUUAUUUCCAGCACUAAAAACAUUAAAAAUUUUCGAUUGCCGUGGGCUAAUUGAAUGGAUGGAAGCACCCACAACGACGACGACAAAAGUAGAGGUGUUCCCUUGCUUGGAGGAGUUGACGAUAGUCAAUUGUCCAAGUAUUGGGUUCAUUCGAAUUCCCUACAGCACGGUAUCCCUCCGCGAACUGCGGAUUCAAAGCUGUCAUGCAUUAUCUAGUAUUGGCCAACUCGAUCAUUGCACCUCUCUACAGGAACUGCGGAUUGGCAGCUGUAAUGCAUUAUCUAGUAUUGGCCUAACAUCCUCACAGGGCCUUCCAUCUCUCCGGAAAUUGAUUAUUACAUUCUGUGGUGGAUUAUCAACCCUACCGAGCGGGAUUGAAAACUGCACCUCUCUUGAGCUAUUACAUGUAUUCGGAUGCAAAAAUCUAGCGACCAUUUCGUUUACACGAGUCCUCCCAUCCCUCCGUAAAUUGGGAGUUCUGUACUGCGAUAAUCUAUCUUGCUUGGCUGUUCGGGAAUAUCGUCCCUCGUUUCAGGAGUUGAAUCCAUGUCUUGAGAAGUUGACUAUAUCGUUCUGCAAAGGUCUACAAUCUCUUCCAGAUUUCCGUAGUUUCACAUCCCUCCGUGACUUGCGGUUAGGUCCUUUCUGGGAGAACCUCGACUCUUUCCCUGAUUUUCAAGUUCAAUCCCAACAACUUGUCUCAUUAGAGUUGAACGGGUGGCCUAAGCUCAAGUCUCUUCCUCAACAAGUUCAACACUUGACUUCGCUUACGAGGUUGGCUAUAUGGUUUUUCAAAGGAGUGGAGACUUUACCAGAGUGGCUGGGCAACCUUGCAUCUCUCGUGGAGCUGAGAAUUCAGGAUUGUGAGAUUCUCAAGUAUCUACCUUCUCUCGAAGCAAUGCAACGCCUCACCAAAUUACAGCGUCUAGAAGUUAUUGAUUGUCCACUUCUAGAAGAAAGAUGCACCGAGGACAGCGGUGAAGAAUGGCCCAAGAUUUCUCACAUUCAAAAUAUCAGAAUUUGAUUGAAGAUUUGAAGCCAUGCAAUGCCUCAGUGAAGUACCCCACGUUUUGAUGGACAUGGCUUUCAUGUUCAAGAGAAAGAUGUACGUACCUGGCUUUGUGGGAGUCUCGUCUCGAGCAAAUUUAAUCACUUCUCCUCUCUAAAAGUCGAGUAAGCCACAGAAUGGUGGGGACUGAGAUUACCAAGGAGUUUAGAGAAUACGGGGACCUGGACAUAUUUAUAGCGAUCCUAAUACUAAAGCAAUUAGGUCCUCCUCUUUAUUCUGUAUCAAUGUAAUUUCACCUACAAGUUAGCUAAGUUCCCCAAUACCAAUAAAAAAUUCUCAUAGUUUCAG